AUGAUUCUCUCUCUCCCUCUCUAUAUCUAUUUGAACCAUUCUUUUGUCUGUUCAUUUGAUCUUUCUUAUUCUCUCGCUCCAUCUCUCUUUCUAUUGAACCCGCAUCCACAAUUUUUCUAUCUAGUGAAUCGUUUCCAUUGCCGAAACGUACGUUUGACAAUUGGGCGAUGGAGACGGCGUUGUAUGCUCAACCGAAUAAAUAAUAAUAAUCUAUCUAUCUAUCUAUCUAUCUAUCUAUCUAUCUAUCUAUCUAUCUGUUGCAUUUCUCCUAACAUCUUGCCGUCAGAUAUUGGCAGUAUUUUCUUUCAAUGUCAUAAUAUUCGAACCAACUUUACAAACAUUGUCUUCUGUUUAUCUGCCAUCUUUCUCUAUAGUAAUAUUCUUGGUCGAUCUAUUGAAAAUAUUCGUCUCCUCUUGCCAUCUCUCAUUGUAUCUUCUUUUCCUGCUUCUUCUUCUUCUUCGUUUUGGUUUUGCUUAUUCGUUGAGAUUCGUCUUCUGUUUUCAGUUAUUCGUCUUCUGUUGCCAUCUCUCAUUGUAUCUUCUUCUUCUUCUCCUGCUUCUUCUUCUUCUUCGUCUUCUUCUUCUUCUUCUUCUUCUUCUUCUUUUUCUUCUUCUUUUUCUUCGUAUUGGUUCUGUUUAUUCGUUGAGAUUCAUCUCUUCUUGCUCUCUCUCAUUGUAUCUUCUUCUUCUUCUCCUGCUUCUUCUUCUUCUUCGUCUUCUUCUUCGUUUUGGUUCUGUUUAUUCGUUGAGAUUCGUCUUCUGUUGCCAUCUCUCAUUGUAUCUUCUUCUUCUUCUCCUGCUUCUUCUUCUUCUUCUUCUUCUUCUUUUUCUUCGUUUUGGUUUUGCUUAUUCGUUGAGAUUCGUCUUCUGUUUUCAAUUGUUUCUUCUUCUUCUUCUUCUUCUUCGUUUUGGUUUUGCUUAUUCGUUGAGAUUCGUCUUCUGUUUUCAAUUGUUUCUUCUUCUUCUUCUUCUUCUUCGUUUUGGUUUUGCUUAUUCGUUGAGAUUCGUCUUCUGUUUUCAAUUGUUUCUUCUUCUUCUUCUUCUUCUUCUUCUUCUUCUUCUUCUUCAUUCGUCUUCUGUUGCCAUCUCUCAUUGUAUCUUCUUCUUCUUCUUCUUCUUCUCCUGCUUCUUCUUCUUCUUCUUCUUCUGCUUCUUCUUCUUCUUCUUCUUCUUUGUUUUGGUUUUGCUCAUUCAUUGAGAUUCGUCUUCUGUUUUAAGUUGUAUUUUCUUCUUCCUCUCCUUCUUCUUCUUCUUCUUUCAUUCCUUCCUUCCUUCCUUCCUUCCUUCCUCCCUCUCUCCCUUCCUUCCCUCCUUACAUACUUUCUUUCUUCCUUUGCUAUUAUACUCCAUCUACUCUCCCCUCUUUUUCCGCUAUCCUCAGACUAG